UAACAUUACUUUCACAGGACUUUUCUUCGCACUACACCGCGCAGUGUGUUGUUUUUUCUUUUCGACACUUCGGUCGUUAACAUCGUGCUAUUCAUGUUUAAAUCGCCGUUUUUACAGUGAUUUAGUCUGAUUAGUUUUACAAAAACAUUUUUUUUGUUUGUUCCGGUCAAGUUUUAUUUAAACAGUUUAUCCAGCAACAUGAUUGAUCAACUUCAAUGUAUUGCUUGACAUACAAUUUUUUCUGUAAUUUCAUUUGGUAAUAAAAGGAAAUUGUGCUAUCAUUCCAAUGACUGAUCACAAGAACUUUAGAAGUCAAGUAUGGAUUGGUGGCGUUGGUGUGGGUGGUGACGUGAGUGAAGUAGAAAACUUUUACAAUGGUGCUACAGUUUUUGUUACUGGUGGAACAGGCUUCGUUGGCAAAGCACUUGUUGAAAAACUUUUGAGGUCAUGCCAAGGGUUAAAUACCAUCUAUUUGCUAGUUCGACCAAAAAGAGGCAAAGAAGUUCAAUGUCGUUUCGAGGAGUUAUUAAAAAAUCCGGUAUUUGAUCGUAUUAGAUCAUCAGCCGAUUCAGAUAACUUAUUUAGCAAAGUAGUGUGCGUAGCUGGUGAUGUCUCUGACCCUGAACUUGGUCUUAGUGCUGAAGACAAACAAAGACUAUGUUCCGAAGUCACCGUCGUGUUCCACUCGGCAGCUACUGUCAAGUUUAACGAGUCACUGCGCACAGCCGUUACACUCAACACAUUGGGAACAUUACGAGUCAUUGAGCUAUGUAGAUCCAUGGCUAAACUGAAGGCAAUGAUACACGUGUCAACGGCAUAUUCAAAUGCAGAUAAGACUAUAAUUGAGGAAUUAGUUUAUAAACCACCAGGAGACCCAGACUUAGUGAUCAAUUGUUGUCAAAAAAUGUCUGAAGAUGAUUUGCGACACAUGGGUCAAAGACUGCAAGGCAAACACCCCAACACAUACACUGUGACUAAAGCCAUGGCAGAAUGGGUUGUUGCAGAACGGGCCGAUGAAAUACCCGCAGCUAUCGUAAGACCAAGUAUAGUGACUGCAGCUUGGAAAGAACCAUUUGAAGGCUGGGUUGAUAAUAUAAGUGGAAUAACUGGUAUCAUGAUGGAAAUUGGAAGAGGUACAAUAAGAAGUAUUGUUUGUGAUCAAAAGCUACGUGUAGACAUCAUACCUGUGGAUAUUUUGGUUAACACAUUAAUUACUUCAGCCUGGCACACAGCUUCCUUUAGACAAAAUGCUGUUCGAGUUUACAAUUGUACUUCGGGUGCACUGAACCCGUUGCGUUGGGAAGAAUUGGGUGGUUUGACCCAAUACCAUUCAUUAACAGUUCCAUCCAAAUACAUUCAAUGGUAUCCGGGAUUCUCAUUUCGUACCAACCGCAUGGUGCACAGAUUAAUUGAAAUUCUAUUUCAUUUUGUACCUGCAUUUAUAUUAGAUAUUGUUCUAAGGUUAACGGGGUCAAAACCUAUGAUGCUGAACAUUUAUCGUCGUUUCAAAAUGGCAGCUCGCACUGGUGAGUUCUUUGCAUUGCAUCAAUGGGAUUUCAUCAGUAAUAACAUUCGGGAAUUAAACAGAGACUUUACCUCAAACGAUCGGGUUACGUUUCCCGUUGAUAUUACUCAGGUCGUUUGGGACAGCUAUGUAAAAGAUUACGUGUAUGGUAUACGCAAGUUUGUGUUAAAAGAUCCACCAUCCACUAUUCCGAUCGGACUUAGUAAAUUGCAAAAAUUCUACUGGAUGCAUAGAAUGGCUCAGUGUUUAUUCGUUGGUGUUAUGAUACACAUUAUUAAAUCAAAAUAAUAUUUUUUUUAUAAUGUAUAGUAUGUUGACGAUGCCAAAAUUGUAAAUAAUAUUUGAUAAUACUUUAAUAUUAUAAUUUAAUAAUAAUUAUAAUCGUAUAAAUAAUUUCUUUUAUUUAAUAUAAAAAUUUUUUUAUAGUAUUGAUAAAUACUUUUAUUAUUUUAAAUAGCGAUCAUUUUUCAUUUUUUAA